AUGGACUCCAGCAGUCUCCAGCUGAACGAAUUAGCCCUGAUUCUGUCCGUCUCCGGAGUAACCACUCUCACCGUCUUUUUUUCUGGCGCUCUGACUGUCGCGCUACCGACAAUCGGAAAAGACCUCAGCUUCAGGCAAGCCGACUUGCAAUGGCCGCUUAACGUCUACGCGCUUUCGUAUGGGUGUUUGGUGCUGUUCUGCGGAAGACUGGGAGAUAUUCUCGGAGGUCGAUUCAUGUUCUUGACUGGGUCAAUAUGGUUUGCGAUAUGGAGUCUUGCUACCGCAUUCGCUCCAACCAGCGGCUCCUUUAUUGGUUUCGUCGCGCUGACCGGAAUCGGGGCUGCUGCAAACACUCCAAGCGGCAUCGGGCUUCUGUCUGCCUUCUUCCCUCCUGGCCGUAAGCGGAAUGUAGCGUAUGGCGUUCUCGGAGCUGGACAGCCUCUAGGCUUCAUCCUCGGCCUCCUACUUGGUGGUGUAUUAACACAAAGUAAAGCCACUUGGAGAGCCGUAUUUUACAUGCAGUCGGGGCUCGGCGUCAUCUUCGUUAUCCUCGGCUUUGCUUUCCUCAUCCAUCAACGGCCAGCGCAACGUUACAAGAAGGGCAUCGAUUGGGGCGGGGCGAUACUGAGUGCGGCAGGCUUCGGAAUGCUCACAUAUAGUCUCGCUGACUCCACGACUGCUCGCAAGGGAUGGUCUACUCCGCAGAUCCCCAGCCUUUUCACCGGCUCCGCGGUUGUGCUCGCCCUCUUCGUAUUUUAUGAACGCUACCGAGAGAAACGCAACCUCUCUGUUCUCUUGCCCAUGUCGAUCUGGAAGGGGAAGAUGCUCAGCGUUCUUGGGAUGCAGUUCUUCGUAUGGUGGAGUUUCAACACUGUCACCUAUUUCUCCACGCUAUACUACCAACAAGUUAAUCAAUUGAACGCUCUGCAAACUGCUGUGCGUUUUAUUCCUAUGACAAUCGCCGGAUUCCUCGUCAACCUUGUUACGGGCUACAUCAUGCAUCGAGUCCCUGGCCAGCCCCUCCUUAUGGUCGGCAUCUUGGGCUGUGUGAUUGCUCCUCUCAUAUUCGCCACGAUGAACGUCCACGCGUCAUAUUGGGCAACGGCCUUCCUUGUGAUGAUAUUCGUCGUUGGCGCAGACGUCUGCUACCCUGUCGGAAACCUCUACCUUUCCUCCAUGUUCGACAACGACUCGCAAUCGCUGUCUGGCGGGCUCUUCAGCAUCGCUGGUCGCAUCGGCACCUCCCUGGGCCUCGCAGUCACCUCGAGCGUCGCAACCGGCACCUCUCAAACAUACCAACACGCCCAUCCCCAACUGGCCAUCGACUCGCCAGAGGUCCUCAUGGUCGGAUUCCGCAACGCUGCGUGGACGUGUUUUGCCGCCGGUGUUGUUAGUUUGUUAAUCACCGCUGUGGGGAUGCGUGGUAUGGGCAUCAUUGGCCAUACCAAGGAGGAAGACCCAGCGAAAGACGCGCCGCAAUCUGACGCUGUCACGGAAGAUGUUGCAAUGCAAGAUCUCGAGAGAGCGGCGACAACGCAUUCGCAUACGAGCGAAAAGACUGCUCCGGCAGUGGAAACCGCGAGCAGUAGUUCAAACAAAUGA